UUUUUAGUCAAGAUUGUGGAUUGGCUUCACCUUCACCACCAAGCACAAUCAUUGGAUAUUAUCCUGCUUAUAAAUAUGAUUUAAAAGCAGAAGAUUUUAAAAUUAGUUCAUCCAUUACUCAUCUAUAUUAUAUGGCAUUUGGCCCAUAUGACCUUACUAAAGGUAUCAGUCCAUAUAAAGUUUUUCAAAAUCAAUAUAAUAAAUUUCAAGAAUUAAAAAGUUAUAAGAGUUAUCAGAACUAUAAAUUAAUUAUUUCUGUUUUGUUGCCUGCUGACGAUAAUUUAAAAAAACUUCCUCCGUUUGUUAAUAUUUCUGCUGGACAAUAUGAUUUGGCUAGCCCUUUUGCCCAACAAUUUAUAAACGAUUUGGUUGACAUUGACUACCCGAAUAAGUUUCCAUGCUUUCAAGCAACGCAAUUCAAUACUACUUAUUUAGAUUAUGUUUUCACACAAUUCCUAGUUGAUCUAUCCAAGAAAUUAAAUCCAAUUAAUAAGAUUCUAACGGUUACAGCAGGCAGAUAUCCAAUAUCUGGUUUAAAUCCUAGUAUUAUUAAUUUUGUAAAUAUUCAGGCAUUCUAUCUUAAUAUUAAUACCAAAUAUGCAAGUGCUGGAAUAGAUAAUAUUCAGAAAAUUUUUAAUAUUUGGAGCAUCAGCAUGUCAAAACUUGGUUUGGGAAUCGACUUCGGUGGCAUUGUUGAAUUGGUUAAUUCUAAUAAUAUUACAAUGGAUACCAUUAAUAACAACCUUACAAUUAUUAACGAAACAAGUAUUCAAUACACAUUUUCUGAUGAAAUGAUUUCAGAUCCAUGUAGAGUUUCGGCAUAUGCUUCUUGGUCAUGGAGAAAUUUGAGUCUUAAUUUAUUAUCGCCUUGUUAUAACAGUGCCAUUUUAUCGUGGACACGUGGCUUUGACAAUAGAGCACAGCAGCCAUAUAUUUACCUAAAACAACAAAAUCCAUCUACACGAUUUUAUUACGUUUCUUACGAAGAUUAUCUAUCAUUAAAAUCCAAACUCGAUUUUGUACAGCAAGUUAAGGCGUUAGGAAUUGCAAUUUUUGAUAUCUGUAGAGAUACAGACAAUGCGACGCUAAUGGAUUUUAUAAUACCAAGAGCAAACACCCCAGACAAUACAAGCAAUUCAAAUACAAACAACAAUCCAAACGGCAAUCCAAAUAACAGUGCAACGCUAAAGGAUUUUAUAAUACCAAGAGCAAACACCCCAGACACCCCAGACAACAAUACAGGAAUCAGCGAUCCAGACAGCAAUCCAAAUGGCAGUUCAAACGGCAAUCCAAAUGGCAGUUCAAACAACAGUCCCAAUAUACCAAUAAUAGUCAGUGCAAUAUGUACUUUCAUUGUUGUUAGCAUGUUGGUGGCAAGCAUUAUUUUAUGUCGAAGAUCCAGAAGACAGAAAGCAAAAAUGUCUGAUCUAUUCAUAGAAACAAACAACCAGGCUUGCUCUGACACAAAUCGUCAAGUUUGCUCUGAUAUAAAUGGGCAAGUUCUCCUUGAUACAAAUAAUGCCUAUUCUGAUAUAAAUGAAAAGGUUCGCUAA